AUGGAAGACAACCUGGAUGCCAUACAAUCCUUAGUUGAGCAGGAAAAGCCAUUUCUACCAAGUGCCCUCCGUUUGUGGAUCGAUGUAUAUUGGAUGAGGGACCGCGUGCUUGGCGCGAGCUAUCUCAUUUGGCGCUAUUUGGCGGACGUCUUCAGCCGACGUGGCUAUUCGCUCUAUGUGCCGCGCAAUAUCAGACGUAGCAAUUCCUUUGAGAUUAUGGUGUAUCCUCCAGGGUUCAUGGAGAGCACUGCACACGAGGACGAGUACGGCGGUCUCGAGCUUGCUUCCGUCCAGCCGCCGUACCGUGCGACUCCUUUCACAUGGGCUGCAGUAAACAGGGCCGGCAAACACUUCGUGAUCAAGGUCAUCUCUGAUGGCCAAGGCGCACAGGGCCUAAACGAGCUCAAGAUCCUCAAGUAUCUUGCGAGGCAGGAUUUGCGUGCAGACCCACGGAAUCGCGCUAUUCCCGUGGUCGAGUACAUCGAAUACGAGCAAUAUGUCUUUGCCAUAUUUCCCAGGUGGACCCCUUUCCCUUACGACGACGUUCAACUGCCCAUGACCGCGCUCGAUUGCUGCGUACAGAUCACUGAGGUGGUCGCAUUUCUGCAUGAGAAUCGAGUCGCUCAUAUGGGCAUCUCCCCGCACAAUAUCAUGAUCAACUACGCCGGCCAUAUUAUUCCUGCGAUGAAACCGCUCGGAGAACACCUGCCCGUCAAGUACUAUCUCAUCGACUUCGGUCCCAGUAUACUCCUGGAAGAAUCUUCCGGCCCGCUUGUACCCCCUCUGCGGCUCGCGCCUCAUCGUACUAGUGCACCCGAGGUCGACUCGGGGGAUCCGUUCGAUCCCUUUGCAGCCGAUGUAUACCAGGCUGCCGUGUUCAUGCUUGAACAUUUCUAUGAUCUGACGGGAUUUACCUCCGAAUUCCUGCCUAUACUGCAAGCCAUGAUACACUCUCCCGAGGAACGGAUCUCGAUGAAGGAAGCUCAUAGCCGGCUCCUCGCGCUGCGCAAUGCGUGGAUCCACGAUCCCUCCCCCACCAUCUCCAAUAGUACAGGAGAGACUCGCAACAAGUACUACGAGACGCGCCUCAACGCCUAUCGUGCUGUUCCGGGGAGCCUUCGCAUGCCGAAGGACGACGCGGAGGCUCGGUCAUUGCGGGCGUACAUGCGCGAACUCCGCGACAGCGAGAUCUUGCUUUUGGCAAACUUUAAUCAUCCUCCUGAUUCGUGGAUGCUGCAGGUGGAUCCAAUUGCGCGUACGUUUGGGUGUGUUCGCGGAGAUGAUGCGCGAGAAGAUGCUGUCGGCGAGUAG